CGGACCCCAGACCCCAGCUCGGGGCCAGGGCCGAAAGCGGGGCAAACAGAAUCAGUGGCCGAUCCGGCCGCUGCCUGUUACGUUACAUCAGCGCGAACACUCCAGGUGACCUAGUGGAUUGGCCGCCUCCCCUCCGCCGGGCGGGCCUGGAUGAAGCAACACUGAACCGAGGAAGAUACGGACGCAACGCAUGCGCGCAGCAAGGCAGGCGCGGUCCGGAACCAGCGGCCCCUGCCGACUGCGUGGAAAGUGGGGCGCAGAGUCGCAAGUCGCUGGCGACGCGGAUCGCUUGCAGUCUUCAGCCUGUAGCCAGCAUACUGUCUCCUCCAUCCGAGAGAAUCGUGAGCAGGACUUCAGUGGGACUUCUCACCCCUGGAGAAUUGCAAUCUCGCCAAUGGACCUUGUUGGCUUUGGUUAUGCAGCCUUUGUGACAUUCGGAAGUAUUUGGGGAUAUAAGCGGAGAGGUGGUAUCCUGUCUUUGAUUGCUGGUCUUUUUCUUGGAUUUUUAGCUGGCUAUGGAGCUUACCGUGUCUCCAAUGACAGGAGGGAUGUAAAACUGUCACUAUUUACAGCGUUCUUUCUGGCCACCAUGAUGGGUGUGAGGUUUAAGAGAUCCAAGAAAGUAAUGCCAACUGGCCUAGUUGCAGGUUUAAGUUAUCUGAGGACACUCAAGCAGCCCAAUGGAGAAGCAGAUAUGACAAGGAACGGAAACAUAUUGUGAACAGCCAGAGAAGAACUGAAGCCACUGACAACAGCCAUGUAAGUGAACCAUCUUGAAGGUGGAUACCCAACUCCCAGUCAAGCUUUCAGAUGAGUGCAGUCCCUGCUGAUGGUUGACUGCAACCUCCUGGGAGAUCCCAAUGCAGAGCCACCCAAGUGUUCCCACACUCCUGACUCUCAGAAAUCAUGUUAGAUAAUAAGUGUUGGUUGCUGUAAGUCACUAAACUUUGGGGGGAUUUGUUAUGUAGCAAUAGAUAACUGAUAUACCCAUGCCUGCUUCUCUGACCUCGUUUCUUAAUACUUCCUCACCAUGCUGCCACAACACCUGCCUGUCAACUGUGCCUGAAAUACACCAAAGUUGUUCUUGUCCAUGACCCUUGCUCUCCUUUGUCCCUCUGGGUAAGAACCUAUUACCCUGGAUCUUUUCAUGCCUGGCUCCUUCCUGUCAUUCAGGACUUAGUUUUCUAUAACCACUCAUUCUAAGUUAUCCACUUCCCCAUCGCCAUCCCAAAAAGUCUGCAUCACACUAUUCUGUUCUCUUUUCCACAUAACAUUCAUAACUAACCAUAAUUAAUUUAUUCACUGAUUUGUUUAUUUGUUCAUUAUCUGAGCAGGACAAUGCUCUUAUAUGUACCAUGGCAUCCUCUGUGUGUGCAAAAAUCUAGGGAACAAAAUAGGUACCCAGUAAACAUUUAUUGACUAAAACAAUGAAUAAAAUCAUUUCAAUAUUAUUUAUUGGAAUGACAAUCCUUCAGAAGUUUACACCGUUUUCUGAGGUCAGAGUCUAUUUUUUUCUACUAGGUAUGUUUAGCUGGCCUGUGACUUAGAAUGCUGUACCUAUGUUGAAAGUUUCAAAGGACAAAUAUAUUUAAACAUAGCUAUGAGUGCAGAGGGGAGGUGAACAAAGGUUGUGGGAAUAAGGUGGGUGGCAAGAUGGAUCAAAGUUAACACAGAUUAAAGUUGUGCUGAUUCAUGGCUGCUGCAAUCCAAGCAGCUCUCAUUGGCAGAAUGCUUCUAAUACUUAUUUGUUCUUCAAGAAGAUUUUGGAAAAUCGGCAAGUUACCGUACAUAAUAGCUCAAAUCUUGACCUGAUUCCCCCAGUACAGCCAGAGAAAUUAAUAUCUACUUUCAUUUCGAAUACACAGAGGGUGCCAAAAAAAUGUAUACACAUUUUAAGAAAGGAAAAAACUGUAUAAAAAUUGU